AUGGUCAAGGAAACUGAAAAAAGGAGGGGGGCGAAUUCCAAACUAUUACCAUUUAAUUUUAAUUUACUCCAGAUUAGUGUCGACAAUAUCGAACAAAAGUAUAAAAUUAUUCCAGUCGAAUCUGUAGUUCCUAAAUUUAAUUUGAAUUAUCAACUCAAGAAGAAGUGGCAGAUAGCUUUGGCUGAAUCAAUUCCAUUGUUUUCACAUAAUUUUCAGUUUAGAUAUACUAUAUUUGCUGUUAUUUUGGAAAAAACAUUUUUCUGUUUUGAGAAAAAGAAACUCAAUUAUUAUGUUUUAAAAUUGCCAAACUUUCCAAAAAAUAUACAAGAAAUGAUUACUAUUCGAUGUUGGUUAGAACAUCUUUUUAAUUGUGCUUUUGAAUAUGCCUAUUUUGAUAGAAUUGUAUUUAAUCCAGAAUUAAUUAAUUUAUUAUUUGAUAACGACAAAACAAUUCCUCCUCAAUUUAAUAUUCAAAAACCUUUUUUGUCUCUUUACAAUAAUACAUUUGAAUACAUUUUUAAAUUUGUUUCAAAUCAUUUGGCAAUUUCCGAAUCUGUUAGUAUUAAUUUUAGCGAGAAUAGCAUUACUGAACAAAAUGUAAAUAUUCUUCUAAAUAUUCUAACAAAUGAAGGUGAUAAAUUCCCUCAAUUUUGUUUAAAAAGUGACAAUUGUUUUCGGCUUAUACGGCUUUAUGAUUUUAUUGUUCAAGUAAAUAUCAAUUAUAAUUUACAAAAUUAUUGGUAA